AUGCAGCCAGCCGUUGAUGUGAGCAUGUCCAAUCCUCCACCCGCAGCCGCACCGAGCCAGAUGGAACCCCGAUCGACUCCCUCACAACAAUUGAACCGCUCUUGCGAAUCCUGCCGGUCUUUGAAAGUGCGUUGCUUGCCCGACGCAAAUACCACCAACCAGUGCCAACGAUGUGCAAAGGCGAACAGAGCCUGUGUAUUUGUCGCGCCGCAACGGCGUCGACCUCGCAAGCGAACAGAUACCCGUGUGGCUCAAUUGGAGAAGGAGAUGGCUGCAAUGCGCACAGCGCUGAAAGGUCGACGUUUGACUGUCGAGGAGACUCCGGAUGAAGAAGACACCGAGAGUGUGGGAGGAGAUGAAGAGACGGACGAUGUAGAUUUUGGGUCCGAAGUUGUGAAGAGGUCGCAAGCCCCUAAUUAUCAGGAUAUUCAGUACAAUUCAUACAGUACGGGAUUUCAUGAUACGUCGCGGUCUCCAGGUCGUGUCUCUGCUUCGCAAAUGUCUGGUGAUGGAAGCUCUUCAUUACACGGCACCCCAGCGUUGACUCUGAAUUCGAGUUUGCCUGAUAUAGCUGGGGAUCCGGAUAUUGUUGACCGCGGUAUCAUUUCUGCAAAGACAGCGGAGCACCUGCUUUCGUUGUUUAUCUAUGAUUUACUUGCUUAUUUCCCUUUUAUGGUAUUCCCGGCCGAUACGACCGCCCACCACCUACGUGCUAGAAAACCCGUACUUUUUCUAGCCAUCAUGGCAGCUACUUCAAUCGCAGUUGAUGUUGGACUGGGAAACACCCUCAAUCAUGAGAUGUUAAGCAUGUAUGCAACUCGAUUCUUUUUCAAGGGGGAAAAGUCACUAGAAAUGGUGCAGGCACUUGUCCUGAUGAAUGUUUAUUACCUCCCUCCGGAAUCACCAUCACAGAUUCAAGCGUACCAAUACUCCCAUAUCGCUGCCACCAUGGCUUUGGAGAUUGGUAUUGCAUCGAGAAAGCGUGUUCCUCGGAAGUCUACACCGGGUCAGAGACAAGCUAAACCAAAGACCAAGUUUGACGAACAGAUGGCCGAACAAGCUCGUGCGAUAUUAGCUUGCUAUCAUCUAGCUUCAAAUGUGGCUAUGCGAACACGCCGACCUAAUUUACUGGCUUAUAAUGACUGGAUUAGAGAGUGUGUGAGGUUGCUCUCUUGCUCUCCUCAUGAUUCAGAUAGACGAUAUGCCAGCUGGUUCGGUCUUCAGGUCAUUACGGACGAGGCCUUGUCCUCUUUCGGCCUCGACGACACAAGCUCGACGGCUGUGCUUUCUGAGACUCGUGUGAACGGCGUGCUUCGACUGUUUGAUAAGAAGAUGGAAGAAUGGAAAGAAGACAUUGACCCCGACUUCCUUACUAUUCCAAUGAGACUCGAAUGCCAGUACACAACGCUAGUCGUCUAUGAGAUUGGUAUUGGGGAAGGAUAUCGCGACCCAGGCGCUAUAAAACGACAAUAUUAUACCCUCCCUGCGCCGGACGGAGAUGAUUUCCUCAAACGGCCGGCCGAACGGCUAAGUGCGAUUCGAGUUGACCUCACCAUCAAGUGGAUGCACGCUGCGCAGGGGUUGCUGGACACUUUUCUGGAAUGUGAUGUGCAUACAAUGCGAAAAAUGCCCAAUUUGACCUAUUCGCGUACCGUGUUGGGCCUUAUGGCUCUGCUCAAGAUAUUCUUUUCUAUCAAGUCCGGAGCUUUAGGCGAAGUCAUUAGCACCGACUCUGUCAAGGUCGAGGAUUAUCUGGAAGAAGUGGCCCAAAGACUGACUGAGGCGAGCGCCGGAUCUAAAUACCCAAUUCCAGCACGAUGGCUGCUUGUUGUAGGAGGCAAAGCACGAGACUGGUUGCAACGGUUUCAGAAACACUGCAUGGAGCGGGAAGAACAGCAGCGAGUUCAAUCCAAAGCCGAAAACAGCAAUAAUGCUGGUAACAGUAGUGAAGCGACGGCCAAUGUCGGUCCUUCAACAUCCACCGUGUCUGAUGCUUGGCAUGGAGGAAUUGUGCCAUUGCCAACACCUGUCGCGUAUCCUGGAGCGAAUUUCUCGCAUACUGGAGAACAUUUGCAGCACCGAGCCCACCACCACCAGCAGCCGCAAGCUGUGAACCCGCAACAACCUCACCAUUUCGGUGGCUAUCAUACUCCGACCGCAGUUCAAGAAACCAGUGGCAUGACUAAAGGUCCCAUGACGGAGACCGCAAACACAUACUACCCUCACUACAAUCAACCAGCGACACCUUGGAUACCCCCAUCAGUUUCUCAAGGAACAAAUGAGUACCAAUUAAAUUCUCAGAGUGUCUGGGCUUUCCAGCAGCAACAACAGCAGCAAAUAGAUCUACAGAAUCAACACUUCUCCCCUGAAAUGGUUGGUCAUCCCACUGCCACUGGCCAUGGCAUGUUCCCCAUGGAGAUGGAAUUCGACUGGGUUCCCGAGCACGGUAUAUUCCAAUUACCCAAUUUUUGAACACAUUGAUACCCUUUUGAUUAUUUCCAUAUUGUUUCCCGUACAUACACCGAUUCAUCUUCACACACAUACGCGCCACAUACGCGCAGAACAUUGUAUUGUCAUGGAUUACUUUGCCCUUCAACAUUCUCUCCAUCAUCCGCCGCUCCUCCCUUGUAAUUGGUGCUGGCUUGCUUGGCCUCAAAAAGUAGACACAUUCUCAAUUCUAAAGACGAGCUCAAGUUCGUCUCGAUAUCCAGGACAUGCCUGAGACUCGUCGACAUUGUGUGCAUUCUGGACGGACUAGAUCACACUAUCACCAGGUAGAUUAGAAGGUUAGAUAGGGUUUAUUGGAUGUGCAACUCCCAUCUUUU